CGAGCCUGUAGGUUAAAACAAGCAGCAAAAUGGCGUCGGGCGCAGACCACGGGCUGAAGAAAAUAGUUUGGCAAAGGAUCAAAGACACUAUUAUAGCAGACUGCAGAAAAUCUGAAGUAUGGAAGAUCAUGAUGCUGGAUGCCUUCACCACUCGGCUCCUGACGUCCUGCUGCAAGAUGUCCGACCUGAUGUCCGAGGGCAUCACAAUUGUAGAGGAUUUGUUCAAAAGCAGAGAGCCAGUCAAGGAAAUGAAGGCUGUCUACUUCAUGUCUCCGACUGUGAAGUGUGUAGAUGCAUUCAUAGAUGACUUCAAGCUUACGCCCAAGUACAAAUCUGCCUACGUCUACUUUACUGACUACUGUCCAGAUGAGCUGUUCAACAAAAUGAAAACAUUCUGUGCAAAGCACAUCAAAGUGUGUAAAGAGAUCAACAUCUCCUUCCUUCCCUUAGAGACUCAAGUGUUUACUUGUGACAACCCUGAGGCCUUCAAAAACAUGUACAGCAAAAGCAGUCAGAAUCAAGGCCAGACCCUUGAGAGAAUCGCAGAUCAAAUCGUCAGUCUGUGCGCCACCCUGGAUGAGUACCCCGGGGUCCGUUACAGGAAGGAUUCGAUGAUGGAUUAUGCCAAAUCGCUGGCUGAGCUUGUGGACAAAAAACUAGCACGACAUUACGAGCUGGACGAAAUCAGCAAGAAGAAGGAAAAGACUCAAGCCCAGCUAAUUAUUGUAGACCGUGGGUUUGACCCCGUGAGCCCGAUACUACACGAGCUGACGUACCAGGCCAUGGCAUAUGACCUCAUACCCAUCACCAAUGACACCUACAAGUACAAAGCGAAAGACGGAUCAGAGAGAGAAGCCAUAUUGAACGAAAACGACGAGCUAUGGAUAAAUCUGCGACACAUGCACAUCGCUGAGGUCACCGAGCAAAUUCCCAAACAGGUGAAGGCGAUCUCCGCAAACAAGAAGCAGCCUGACGGAAAGAUCUCGAUAGGAGGGCUAGCCCAGCUCAUGAAGCAGAUGCCAUCGUUCCGUAAGCAGGUCUCUCAGAAAACAGUUCAUCUCACUCUAGCUGAGGAUUGCAUGAACAAGUUCCAGAGCUCAGUGGAGAAGCUUUGCAAAGCAGAGCAGGACCUCGCCGUCGGUGCUGACGUAGAAGGUCAGAAGGUGAAGGACCCCAUGAGGACCCUGCUGCCCAUCCUGCUGAACCCCCACAGCUCCCACGAUAAGAUCCGUGCCGUGUUGCUCUACAUCUUCAGCCUCAAUGGAACGACCGAGGAGAACCUGAGCAAGUUAAUUCAGCACGUGAAGAUCGAGACGGAGCCGGAGUACAUCACCAACUGGAAAGACUUAGGGGUGCCUAUCAUCAGCUCAUCAAGCCUGUUCUCUUCCCGUAAGCCAUCCAGAAGAGAUCGCUCGCAGGAGGAGACAUACAACCUCUCAAGAUGGACACCAGUCAUCAAAGAUGUGAUGGAGGAUGUGGUGGAGAACAAAUUGGACACGAGUAAUUGGCCGCAUAUGUCCGAGUGUCCUGCUGCGUGGAACGGAUCCCGAGCCGUGAGCGCAAGGCAGCAGAAGCAUAAGCCAGGCCCGGACGACCACAGAAGCGGCACCCGCCUCAUCAUCUUUAUCCUGGGCGGAGUCAGCUACUCUGAGAUGCGCUGUGCCUAUGAGGUCACCAAAUCCAACAAAACCUGCGAGGUCAUCAUCGGUUCCACUCACGUCCUAACUCCAUCCAAGCUGCUGGAUGACAUUCGAGACCUGAGCAAAAAACCCAUGGAGACUUUCACAAUUGUGGACGAGAAAGUCAGCUGUUGAGCGCCAACAUCGAAAAACCCCCUCACACUCCCUCACCUCGUCUUCCUUCCGCCUUCAUCUUAAUCCCAUUUUAUUUUCCUUCACUCAGCAUCACUGUUAUGGAGGACGGAAGGGAGCUCAGAUGUGAUCAGAUCAGUUUUAAAAGCCAGCUGUAUCAAGGCUCUAAUGGACGAAAUGGGUGCACUGGAUGGAGGUCCAUAAGUAUCGGAUCUCUUCAUAUAGCUUGAAUAAACGCUCUAAUGUUUGUAUGAUUCCAGAUAUGAUGAGCUUAUAAGAGGAACAUCAGGUCUUCGAUUGAGGUAUCCAUUAAAGGGAUGCUUCAGUGACCAAGACAGCGUGCGCCGCUUUCCUCGACUUUCAGUGUCUGAGGUUUGCUUUUUGCGAGAGGAGUGUAGAGGUCUGUCUCGCCCAAAAUGCCUUCAUAAAGACUGAACUCGAGCAAAACUUCAUCUGUUUCAAUCGUUAUCAUGGACAUUAACAAAACAUUGCAUCCAUUCUUGAUUGGUCAGAAAGCGUUGAUUAUUUCUCCAUAACAAAUCUGUCAGUAUGCACUUGUUCUAAUAUAGUAACCAUUAAGGUUUAUGAAAGGAGUCUACAGUGUGAACAAUUUGCAACAGCAGCAAGUUUAACAUGACAAGCUGUUGACGCAAUGUGUAGUAGCUAUGACAGAAUCUAACUCGCUCAAAUUUUCUUUAAAAGGAUAAAGAUUUAUUAAAAAGCUUGACGAUGUUUGCACUUGUUUGGGGUGUAAGAACCAUAUGAAUACGUCCCUGUUGUAGAAAAAAAAAAACAAUGUCUGAUUCUUGUGGUUCAACACGGCCGCCUCUGGAACAUCAACACGUACAAAUAUGCUCGAGUUCAACGAAAAGUCAAGUGCGUGUUGAAGUUUAAGAGAGUUUUUGGGUGAGAACGAUUUUCGUCACCUCAUGGCUGCACCAGCUUUAUGGGAAAUAAAUCAGAACACCAUGCACGUUUAAAUUAGACCUCUCAGUCAAGCAACUCUUUAAGAGACAUGACCCACAAGAACAUCUUUAUAAGGCUGAUCAUUCCUGUAAGUAUUCAAUAUAAAAGCUGUUCUAACUCUCACACUAUCUGUUGCUUAUUUAACGUCCUCGCGUGUUUAUCCGUUACACUAAAUCACUGUUAAGCGUUCACACUGCUGCGUUUCUGUCUUUGGUUCUGUAACGAUUCCUGUGUGACUGGAGUCCAGCUUUUACAAAUCUACUCCUUAUUUGAAUUGGGUUCUGAGGAGUGGAAUUUAUCGGAGCAGUAUAGGCGCAGAAAUUGUACAUGAUCUGCUGUAUAAGUUACCGUCUGGUUUAAAGACAUCAGAAGUGAUGUUAUACAGAGUAAGAUCGUUCGAGGGCUGCACUAUAGAGAUGAGCAAAGAGCGUUGGAUCCUCAAAUUAUACAAAAUGAUAGAUUUUUACAUUUUAAAUUUUUUCUUUAGUCUAAUCACUUGAAUUCUCUUUAUCUCCUUGAAUUACUAGAAAUGAGUGAUUAUACUAAAAAAACAUUGAUGCUGUAUGUUGAAGCACAGGAUUACACCUCAACUCAAUCAGAUGAGAUGGUUAGUGUCUGAGAUUAGAUUUUUUUUAUUUUUUAUAUAAAUUAAAGUGAAAAGGCCAAUAUAUCUUGCUUUUAUUUUUUCCCUUUCUGGACCAAUAACCAGCACACAUUAUAUACACACAGUCCUAUAAGACAUUUAUGGUGUUUUUUUUCAUGAUUUAUGACUUCUUAUGAUAAUUCUAGUCUACCUAGGCAGUAACAUGGGUUCAUUUGCUGAUCGUAACUAAGACCAUGUGUUAAAUCAUUGUGUUUUCAUAUGGGGUGCCUAAACGUUUUUUAAGCACUGUCGCCUUGCACCUCCUUGGUCCGGGUUUAAUUUCCAGCCAGGCUCGAUUCCCACCUCUGUGUGCAUGAAGUUUGCAGUUGUUCUUCCCGUUCUUUGGUGGGUUUUCUCUGGGUAUGCCGGUUUCCUCCCACAAUCUAAAGACAUGCAGAUUAUGCUAAUUGGCGUUCCCAGAUUGCCUGUAGUGUGAAUGAAUGUGUGUGUGCCCUGCGAUGGAUUGGCACCCUGUCCAGGGUGUACCCCGCUUCGUGCCCUAAGUCUCCUGGGAUAGGCUCCAGGUCACUGUGACCCUGAAUAUAAGCGGUAUAGAAGAUGAGUGAACUUUGAUGAGACUUUUUUUUUUUGUAUGGAAGUUUCAGCCGAUUGACUCCAU